CGGCCGCCGCUGGGCCCGACGCCCGCUUGUGGGAGCCGGGAGUGGACGGGGCGCAGCGGUGGAGCCGGCGCGCGUUCGCUUCGGCGUUCGCAGAGGGGGCGGGGGGGAGUUUGAGACUGACGCGCUGGUCCCGCCAGGACCCGGAAUUAGGAGCCUUGUCUCCGGUGGGAAGGGUUGGCAUCGGGGAUCGUGGGGACGCUUCCUGGGGCUUUGGUCGAACGUGCCUGUGGCUGAAGAGGCGGGAAGCCCCUUUUGGACUCUCGGUGCCCUUGCUCUAAUCCAGUCCACCAUCAAACUCUACACGAAGUGUUGCGAGAGUCUUCCCACUGAGGGAUCUGCUUUAAGUUUGAGCAAUUCCUUCUCGUCGUUUUCGCGACCUGAGCCCUUUUUCGGGCUGUUUGGACCGUUUAACCCCAAACAUGGAUAUAAGACCAAAUCAUACAAUUUAUAUCAACAAUAUGAAUGACAAAAUUAAAAAAGAAGAAUUGAAGAGAUCCCUGUAUGCCCUGUUUUCUCAGUUUGGCCACGUGGUAGAUAUUGUAGCUUUAAAGACCAUGAAGAUGAGGGGUCAAGCCUUUGUUAUAUUUAAGGAGCUGGGUUCAUCCACAAAUGCCUUGAGACAGUUACAAGGAUUUCCAUUUUAUGGUAAACCAAUGCGAAUCCAGUAUGCAAAAACAGAUUCUGAUAUAAUAUCUAAAAUGCGUGGCACUUUUGCUGACAAAGAAAAGAAGAAGGAAAAGAAAAAGGCAAAAACAGUGGAACAGACUGCAACAGCUGCCAACAAAAAACCUGGUCAGGGAACACCAAAUGCAGCAAAUACCCAAGGAAAUUCAACACCAAAUCCUCAGGUCCCUGAUUACCCUCCAAACUAUAUUUUAUUCCUUAAUAAUUUACCGGAAGAAACAAAUGAGAUGAUGUUAUCCAUGCUGUUUAAUCAAUUUCCUGGUUUCAAGGAAGUACGUUUGGUACCUGGAAGGCAUGACAUUGCUUUUGUUGAAUUUGAAAAUGACGGACAGGCUGGAGCCGCCAGGGAUGCUUUACAGGGAUUUAAAAUCACACCUUCCCAUGCCAUGAAGAUCACCUAUGCCAAGAAAUAACAUGGGAUAGUUGUCUUUAAGGGACUUGGUGUUAUUUAUAGUGUUUGUUUUGAUAACAUUUGGUCAACCCAUUUUAAUAGUUGGGGGUGAGGGGGAGUGAAAGUGAAAUUUUGGUGAAUGAUUUAAAUAGCUGGUCUUUGUUUAGCCUGGUGAACUAUGAAAUAUGAAGGCCUUAAUUUUGUACAAUAAACUAUUAUUUGUACUCUA